UACAACUACUUUUACAAAAUGAAGGAGUAACGAGAAGUGAAUACAAACUUCACAAAACAAUAAUUCCAAUUAAAGAAGCUUUAAAACACGAACAAACACUUAACAGAACACAUUUAACAUACAAUCAAAUACGAACUGCAGAACAAACCAAUCAAAAAAUAAUAAAUAACCCAAGACUUUAUAGAAGUACAGAAGAAGAUACUGGAGAAGUAAUAGAACACUUAGAAGAAUAUCCUUACCAAGAAAUAUUUUUUAGAAACAUAGAACACAAAAACCAUUACAAAAAA